AUGGUUCUGCUGCUGUGGCUAUCCCCAGGAGUGACAGCGGUAUUGAGCAACAUUAGUCUGCGAAAUUACAGUGACAAUGCUUUGGUCCAUGUCUCUUUUACUAAACCCCUGACUAGCGACGACUAUACCUGUUCCAAGACCAAAAGGUGCAAGACAGGAUGCUGCGGUCCGAUAGACAGCACCACUGGCAUCGGCAACUGUGGCUAUGGGCCCGAAUUCUGUGGGAAGGGAUGCAGCUCAGACUGUGGUCGCAAGAGCGAGUGUGAUGCAGGCUGGGGUCGCGAAUGGUCGACUGCCUCAACCUGCCCUCUCAACGUCUGCUGCAGCAAGUUUGGAUUCUGUGGGACCACCCCAAGUUUCUGUGGAACCGCCACAGUGCCAUCUCCUGAGUGUAAUGGAAAGAGUGCCCAUAAACGAACCGUCGGAUACUACGAGGGCUGGAAUCUGGAGCAUGCAUGCGGAAAAAUGGCGCCGGACCAAAUCCCUCUCGGUUAUUAUACGCACCUCAACUUUGCGUUCGCCUACAUUGACCCUCAGACCUUUCGUAUUGCUCCUAUGAACAACCAUACUGCAUCGCUGUACAAGGCAGUAACGGGGCUAAAGAGAAAGCAAUCGAAAUUGGAAGUGUGGAUUGCCAUAGGAGGAUGGGAUAUGAACGACCCUGGCCAUACGCAGUAUACCUUCUCCGACCUGGCAGCUUCCGGGACCGCCCAAGAUGCGUUUUUUAACUCGCUUCUUAGCUUUAUGCAAAGCAAUGACUUUGAUGGCGUCGACUUAGACUGGGAAUACCCGGUGUCAGAGGAUCAUGGUGGUCGUGCAGGUGAUUUUGUCAAUUUUGUUACCCUGCUGCAGCGACUGAGAAAGCGCCUAAACCAGUCGGGAAGAAGUUAUGGUGUUUCAAUAACGUUGCCUGCAUCGUACUGGUACCUCCGAGGUUUCGAUAUUGCUAAUCUCGAACGUUAUGUCGACUUCUUCAACGUGAUGACUUAUGAUAUCCAUGGAACGUGGGACACCAUGAACCGAGACUCCCCUUACGCUGCCUACGCUCAUACCAACCUAACCGAGAUCAACCAAACCCUUACUCUUCUUUGGCGCAACAAUAUCAACCCCGCCCGGAUCAACCUUGGCCUCGGCUUCUACGGCCGCAGCUUCACAAUGAAGGAUCCCAGAUGCAUGGCGCCGGGUUGCCUCUUCACGGCUGGCGGUCGCUGUGGCGAAUGCACGGCGACGUCUGGCGUAUUGUCCAACACCGAAAUCCAGAAGAUCGUCAAAGAGAACAUCACGGGUGCCAAUGUGUCGUUCUACAAGGAGGAUGCUGUCAAGGUCCUUACCUGGGACAGAGACCAGUGGGUGAGUUUCGAUGACGUCGAAACCCUGAAACUGAAGCUCGAGUUUGCAAAUCGGCGGUGUCUGGGUGGAACAAUGGCUUGGGCUGUGGAUCUUGAUAGAGAUGGCAUGUUGAUUGAGGCAUUGGGCACGGCGAUGGUAGCAAAGAAGAAGGCAGUUUGGAACGAGGCGAUGCAUCAUUGGCUAAUCCCAGAGGGAGGCAGCGUUGAUGUCGACGAUGUCUUGGGCUGGAAGAGGAAGCAGAACAACGUGCAGCAAGAUACAGGGUCGAAGCAUAAGGACCUGUUGUGA